UUCUGUACCGUACGUGCCAGGCUGCAUGGUAUGCAGUGCCGCUUAUGUUCUCCUGUGUUGUCGUUUAUUCUUAACUUGCACGUGAAUGUUACCUGGUAUUUUGAGCUCGUGCGGACCUGAGGAGAUUCUGUAGUUAGUGGUCGAUAUCAAAUCUAUCCGGAAAAUGCGCUUUUAAGGAUUCAAAGGUGUCGUUUUGUUAGCAAACUGCUAGCUGCUUGGUUUAGCUGGUGAGGCUAGCUGUUAACCUUAAAUAGCCCUCCGUUAGUAGGAUAAGUAGGCAGCUGUUUGUUUCAUAAGGGAAUAAGUUACCGAUUUACGGGUCACAGAGGAAACACAACAAUAGAAAAGCUAUAACAGGUUAAUAAACGGUGAUAGACGAUCUUUGUGGAGCAGAUGACCUUCUCUGACAGCUGGGUCUGAGUAUGUGAAUGGACAUUAAAGGGACUGGCAACAUGGACAUAAGCAUGGCGUCACUUCUACACCUUUAAUUCACCUGGACAGGUGAUUUAUGUUUUAUUUAUGGUUGUAUGCUCUCUUGGAAGUAUGAGUCGCCGCUCUGUGGUGAACUUUCUGUGCCUGGGAAGUCGAGCUGUCAGCCUGCUGUAUGGAAACUCUCCUCGCCUCUUCCACACUUCAGUAUGCUCCAGCUCAUCCCACCCUAAAGGAGGAUUCAAACCUGAGAAGGUGGCUGUGGUGACAAAAACCACCAGAUAUGAGUUUGAACAGCAGAGGUAUCGAUAUGCAGGACUGUCUGAAGAGGACCUGAAACAACUGCUUGCCAUGAAAGGCUCCAGCUACAGCGGCCUGCUGGAAAGACACAACAUCCACACCAACAAUGUGGAGCACAUUGUCAAGAGCCUGCGGAAAGAAGGCAUAGACGUGCGAGUGGUGAAGAGAGGAGAGUAUGAUGAAGAAGUGGUGCGAUGGGCCGAUGCCAUCAUCUCUGCUGGAGGUGACGGGACAAUGCUGCUUGUUGCCAGCAAGGUUUUAAGCAAGGACAAACCGGUGGUUGGAGUGAACACAGACCCGGAGAGGUCAGAAGGUCACCUGUGUCUACCUGUGCGUUACACUCGAGCCUUUCCCGAGGCUCUGCAGAAGCUCUUCCGCGGUGAGUUCAGGUGGCUGUGGCGUCAGAGGAUCCGUCUACACUUGGAGGGAACAGGAAUCAAUCCGACCCCGGUGGACCUUCACGAGCAGCAGCUGAGCCUGGAGCAGCACAGUCAGGCUCAUCGGAUCACCACCAUGGACAGCCAGUGGAGGAAAGGAACAGUACAGGAGAGCUUCUCCAAGCCGAGUUUGCUCCCCGUCAGAAGUCUGAAUGAAAUCUUCAUAGGAGAAUCUCUUUCCUCAAGAGCUUCGUAUUAUGAGAUCUCUGUAGACGACGGCCCGUGGGAGAAGCAGAAGAGUUCAGGACUCAGCAUCUGCACGGGAACAGGAUCCAAAGCCUGGUCGUACAACAUCAACAAACUCACUGAACAAGCCGUGGAGGAGGUGCUAAAAAUCGGAAAGUCCCUGACCGGUCUUGAGAUCCCAGUUAACCGUGACCUAAUUGAAAAGGUUACUGAUGUGUACAACGAGUCUCUGGUGUUCAGUCCAGAUGACAGGCGUUUGCUGUACAGCGUAAGAGAACCGAUUGUCAACCGCGUCUUCUCCAGCAGCCGGCAGAGAGGAUUCGCCAGCAGGGUUUGUGUUCGCUCACGGUGUUGGGACGCCUGCAUGGUGGUCGAUGGCGGGACGUCCUUCGAGUUCAACGAUGGUGCCAUCGCUACGAUCAGCAUGAGCGAGGAUGAUCAGCUGCGGACGGUUCUUCUAAAAAACUGAGAGCUGAGAAGUCACUGAUGGACUAAGGUCAAAGGGAAGUACAAGGUUUAGAUUUUAACCUCUAUACCUGUUUUUAUACCUGGACAAAAAAAGAGGUAUCAUUGUUACUUUGUUUUAUGAAACAUUGGCUUUUUUCAGAUUUAUUCUCUUCAAAUCCACCUUUUCUUUGGUUUUAAUCCCUAUACCGAUGUCUAUGAGUGGUGAAGUCUGUUACUGUCAGAGGCUAAAAUAAACCUCUCACAGCUGAGGAGAGGAUGAAUGAUCCUGUAUACAGCAGAUUAUUUCUGUUAAUUUCAGCUUUUUUUCAGAAUUGCAGAUUCUGGUUUAUCAUGUUUAAACUGAUGACAAGUCACACUGCAGUCAACCCCCCACUUUUAUUGUAGUUCUCUUUCAGGAACACAGUGAGUAGUUUUGAUUCAUUUUGUUGUUGGUAAAUCCUAAAUCUGUCCCUGCCACUCCUUAGCAUGUCCAUGUGUCCUUACUGAAGAAAUAGAUCCUCGAAGAUCUCACAAAUGUGAAGUUUGACUGCAGCUGUUUUCUGUAAACAAAUGUUUAAACCGUGCAUUUCUUAAGAACUGUUUCCAGCAGCGGAUGAAUCCCAGUCAGUGCUGCAGUCAGCAUUAGUUGUCUUUGUUAUUGAGUCAAAAUAACUAAAGUUUGUUUUCAUGGUGAUGAAGAUCUUUGACUCAGAGGAACAAAGACCCAGCUGUGAUGACUCUAACUACAUAGAAGUUAAUUUAUGGAUUGUAGAUGUGUUUCUAUACGGUGACCUUAAAGCACAGUGGCUGUUUAAAGAUAUUUUUAAAUAAAGCUUAGAUCUAUUUUUUGAAGAAGGUUGAAACACUGGAGUCUGGGAGGAGAAGAAGUGCACUACAAGCAGAACUCCGUUUUUAAAGCUCCAUGUUCUAGGUCAAAAUUUAAAACCUUACACAUGAUAAAAAAAAUCACUCAUACUAUAGAUCAGAAUGUGACUGAUUAUUUACACAAACAGACCUGAUGAAAUGAUUUUAAACUUAUAAAACCUAACCUGCUGUUAUGUGAUGCUGUAAGAAUAAAGAAGAUGGUGCUGCAGUCUGAAUGAUUAAACUACAAUCCUUCUGUAUACAUGUGUAAUUAGACUCUGAAUGAGGAGGUUUAAUGUUUGAAGAUGAUUUAUAAAUGGAUUGGAAAACUGCACAAUCAAGCGUGCCAAAGGGAGAGCUCCUCAUGAACUUCCUGUCGUUUUUUGUUUUUAAUUCUGAUAAAAUUGU